AUGUCGCGCUCCAGAUUCGUCAUGCCCUGCUGCUGCAUGCUCCUAGUUGCAGCGGUGCUUGCAUUGGCCGAUGCCUUCGUCGUGCCAUCUUCGCCACACGCAUCCUCGGCGCCCAGCCGCAUCAACAAGAUCGACAGGGCUGAGCCAAUGAUUUCGAGCGAUGCAGGCGCUGUGUUCAUGUCAGUUCUGGCUGGUCUCAUCGUGGGAGUGGCCGUGCCGGCCAGCAGCUUUGCCGCGGAGUCGGCAGGCACCGAGAAAGCUGCGAGCACCGAGAAAGCUGCGAGCACCCCGCAGAGCAGGAAGGAGGCAGCCUACGCAGAGAUGAAGAAGGUGGCAGAGAAGCUGCAGGCAGCGCCAACAAAGGCGGACCGCCUGAAAGCGAGCCAGCAGCAGCUGGUGGAGUACGCGAAGAAGGCCGACUACGACAGCACUGGCGUGUGA